UCAAAAUUCUUUGCAGAAAGUAGAAUUAUAAUUACAAAUUUGAAAUUUCUCAAACAACACUGAAAAAUAUAGCCUUGCCUAAACUCUAUUUCGCCAGUCUUCGUUAUCAUCCUUGGCAAACACAUGGGUAGCAAAAGUGGCCAGCUUCACAUAUUCUUCUUCCCUUUCAUGGCUCAAGGUCACAUGAUACCGGCCAUAGAUAUGGCCAAGCUAUUUGCAGCGCGAGGUGUGAAGGCAACCUUUGUCACUACUCCUCUCAACAUGCCUGUAGUCUCCAAAACAUUUGAAAAAACCAAAGCUCGCGGCAUCAAUAUUGAUAUCAAAAUCAUCAAGUUCCCAGCUGUAGAGGCUGGCUUGCCAGAAGGAUGUGAGAACAUUGACUCAUUGAAUUCCUCAGAUAUGAUUCCCACUUUUGUCCUAGCGACUUCAAUGCUUCAACAACCACUUGAGGAACUAAUUCAAGAGUACCAACCUAGUUGCAUUGUGGCUGACAUGCUCUUUCCAUGGGCAGUUGAUGUUGCAGCUAAAUUUGGUAUUCCAAGGCUUGAAUUCUAUGGUACCAGUUUUUUUUCAAUGUCUGCAGGACAUUGUAUCAGGCAAUAUGAACCUCACAAGAAAGUUUCAUCUGAUUCUGAAACUUUUGUCAUUCCUAACUUUCCGGGGGAGAUAAAGUUGACAAGGAUGCAACUGCCAGACUUCACUCGGCAAGAAGUUGAAACAGACUUUUCCAAGUUCUUGAAAGAAGCUUCCAAAUCAGUGUUGAGGAGCUAUGGGGUUGUUGUUAAUAGCUUCUAUGAGCUUGAACCGGAUUAUAUAGAUCAUUACAGAAACGUCUUGGGAAGAAAGGCAUGGCAUAUAGGUCCAGUUUCAUUAUGCAACAAGGAUACUAAAGAUAAAGCCCUAAGGGGAAAGGAAGCUUCCAUUGAUGAACAUGAAUGUUUGAAGUGGCUUGCUACAAAGAAACCCAAUUCGGUUGUAUUUAUUUGUUUUGGGAGUACAUCAAAAUUUAGUGAUUCUCAACUCAUGGAGAUUGCUAUGGGUCUUGAGGCUUCUAGACAACAAUUCAUUUGGGUUGUGAGGAAAGGCAAAAAUGAAAAAGCAGAGGAAGAUUGGUUACCAAAAGAAUUUGAGAAAAGAAUGGAAGGUAAGGGACUAAUUAUACGAGGUUGGGCACCCCAAAUAUUGAUUCUUGACCAUGAAGCGGUUGGAGGAUUUGUAACUCAUUGUGGCUGGAACUCGACCUUGGAAGGAGUGACGGCAGGGGUGCCCAUGGUCACAUGGCCUGUGGCAGCUGAGCAAUUUUACAAUGAGAAGUUAGUGACUCAAGUACUGAAAAUUGGCGUUAGUGUUGGUGCGCAGCAAUGGAUUAGGAUGGUUGGAGAUGGUAUUAAGAGGGAAGCAAUACAGAAGGCGGUAAGACAAAUUAUGGUGGGCAAAGAAGCUGAGGAAAUGAGAGGCGAGGCCAAGGUACUUGGGGAGAUGGCAAGGAGGGCUGUUGAAGAAGGGGGAUCAUCCUACUCUGAUUUGAAUGCAUUAAUUGAAGAAUUAAAGUCACAUUGCCCUUGAC